AUGGACAAAGAUAGGAAGAAGUCUUAUCUUUUUGUAAACGUGGCAGCCACAUUUGGGUUGAACGGUGACAACUCCAUGCAAAGCCAUGUGACUGAAGGGUGGUUCCUUGGGCUGAAAUGGUGGCUUCCUCCUUUGGCCAGGCAAGGCGAGGUGUCAAAGGCAUCGCUCACGCCGGAUAAUGAUGGGGUGCCGAAGGCAUCGCUCUCGCCCAAUGAUGACGGAGGUGCCGAAGGCAUCGCUCGCGCCUAA